UUUGCCCUCGUCCUAUUGGGGCCUUCUCGAUUCAUUGCGAAGCUACACACUUCAAUCAGUUCUGCUAGAAUACUGCACUUGCGGCAAACGAAAACGGCAAUCCAGCCUUCGGUUUAAGUUUAGGUGCAGUGUUUCAAAAAGCGUAAAAACAGACAAGUCCUAUACUAUCAACGGACUCCGCCUACUUUACAAAAACUGAAGAUUUUUUGUGGUUGCAUCUACUCAGAGGAUAAGCCUUAAACUUAUCUAACAUCAAUAAGGGGAUAGGAUUAUACCUGGCACAACGAUGAAGAGUUAUUCGAUACUGUGGUCGGCUGUCAUACUCUACGCUUUUCUCAUGUUAUUGAGGCCUGGCCAUGUAACGGCACAGGAUACGUCACGGAUUCAUGAAAGCAAUUAUAGAACUCCACACUCCAGGAACUUCCGAUCGGAAGACGGCCGUGGCAACUUCAAUUUCGGCUACGACAUUGACGAUGGCCUCGGUGGCGGACAGUUCCGCCGAGAAUCGGGUAAUGCGGCUGGUGAACGCCGAGGCUCAUACGGUUUCCGUGGAGCAGACGGCCGCUAUAGGAUUGUGCAUUGGGUGGCUGAUCAUCUUGGAUUUCGCGCGGCAAUUGUGUCUAAUGAGCCUGGUGUUGCCUCAAGCAACCCUACUGACGCGUCGUACAAUGGAGCCCCUCUUGUGUACUCACAAGAUACCCAGGAUGCCCCGCUACGUCUAUCUGGCAAUACGCUAUCUCAAUAUCAGACCACAGCAGCAGUGAGGGGAGUAAACGGGCCUGCCCCAGCCGUAUUUGCUACGCCAGCAAACGCCGAGUACGAGACUCAUUUCAUCUUUAACCGUUAAACCCCCUGACACAAACCGUAAAGACUCCAUCAGGUUCUGAUAAUCCGUCUCCGAAUCAACGACGAGCUGUUUUAUCGGUUUUUAUAUCAACGCUGGGGUCUAGAUACAACUAUUAACUUUCGGCAUAGAGGUGAUUAUUAUUGAGCCUCUUUUAGCAGUCGACACUAAGAGACACAGAGAGUUACCAGUCGCCCGUUGGACGUAAUAUCAAUUCAAAAAACGAAACAGUAGAAAUGUGGAAUCACUCGCAAAUUUAAUCAAAAGUGGGCUUUUCUUUUGUGUAAAAUUCCAUUUUUAUAUGCGUGAUUAUCAGCCUGAUUUGAAGAUGACGAGCAGCUGCCUGUACAUAUGACGUCAUAAAUAAGGUAAAUACUGUACAGCGGACUUCGAAAUUGAACGAAUCGAACAAUGUCUUCUGUGUACUUAACUUGAUCGUCAUAACUUAAAUGUCAUCUAUUUUGAUUACAGUAGACUACUUGUUCUUCAUCACAACAUUGCCAUACGGAACAAUAAAGAGAUUAUUUA